CUCUUUCCUUUCACGUGUGUCGCUAAUUCCAACAUGGCGCACUAUAAUUUCAAGAAAAUUACAGUCGUUCCUUCGGCAAAGGUGAGGACAGAAUGAGAAUCUUUUAAGUUUUUCGAGUUUCCAACUUACUGAUAAAUGUUUUUCUCCUGCUCCAGGACUUUGUCGAUAUCGUCCUGUCGAGGACGCAGAGGAAAACACCGACUGUUAUUCAUCGGUAGGUUGACGUGUAUGGAUAUAUGCGUAAUGGUUUGUUUUAGAGUAAUCAGCUUACAGGCAUUUUGUUCGGUUUUUUAAAGAAAAGUGAUUUUUGCUAUAGUCAGCUGGAUAAUUCCCAAGGAAAAAUCUAAUCUGUUCAGUGAAAUAUCAGUAGAAGCCAGCUGACGAGUCAAUUUAGGUUUGUUUUCAUAUGUGCUUUCUAAUGCUAUCGAAUGAAGCUCUUGGCUUACUUGGACACCCCACUCUACCCCUUUUGUUGUCCGUAUUAUGAUAUUUUAAUUGUGCCGUAAGCAAGUCUUUAUUUAGCGUUUUACACAUUCUAGCCAGUAGGUAGAGAGAAGGUUGGUUGCAUGGCCAAGCUCAUGGUAUCAUUGUAGCACAUUACAGAUCAUGGUGCUUUAAUUCUGAAUGCUGUGCACAUUUGUCUUUUCCAGACACUACAAAAUAAGCCGGAUUCGUGGUUUUUACAUGCGAAAGAUCAAAUUUACCCAGCAGAAUUACCAUGACAAACUAUCACAAAUUAUCAGUGAUUUUCCAAGGCUAGAGGUAAUAAAGAUUAGGUUCUGUGGUAUCUUUUCAUUUACUCCCAGGGUUCACACCACCUUAGAAGUCCUUGAAUGUCAUUGAAUUUUAAAAUAAAAAUUCAAGGCCUUGAAAAUCCUUGAAAAUUGCAGUCAGUGCUGGAAGGUCCUUGAGUUUUGGUGCUAACUUUGUCCAACCUGGAUUCUCAAGUCAAGGGCGCCCAACGUCAAUUUUCGGAAAAUAUCUGUUCGGAAACAUUUUCGGAACAUUUGUUGUAAAAUUUCUUGCUUGCCUGCCUCUCCUAGGAUUUUCGAACAUCUAAAAAAUGGUAUAAUUGCCCAUUUUUAACAGAUUUUUACCCUAAAAAGAUCACCUUGAACUUUCGGGAGCCUUUUUUCUGGCUGAAAUUUGCGAAAAAGGUAAGUUUUGAUCCUUAUAAUUUUCGGAUCAAUAGACUUUCAACUAGUUUAUCCGAACAGAUGAAAAUUUUUUGGGGAAUAAAAAUAUCCCUACAUCUACCAUUUAAAUACUAACAUACGUUUAACAAUGCUAUGUUUAAGUGGUUUUGAACUAUAUUCACGUUUGGGUGCCCCUGUCAAGUACCUUAAAGGAGCAAACACAAAAAGACCUUUAGAAUAAGAUUGCUCUUGUUGUAGAAGAUCUAAAAAAGAGAUAUACUCAAGGCUCUUUUUGUAGUAUAUGGAGUCCUUGAAAAUGGGAAAUGUGUCCUUGAAAGUCCUUGAAACGCCCUGGAAUUUUUUGUUCAAAAAAGGGUACGAACCCUGUAUCCUGUGCUGUGAAAAAUGCAGCCAAUUAGGGAGCCCUUAGCCCUUGAAAAAUUCUUGAAAUUUGCCCAGCAAUUUUCCAGAUCUGGAAAAAGUCUUGAAAAUGGAGACGAAGUCUGAAAAAAUGGUAAAAAGACGAAUUUUUUUUUAAGGCAGCAUGUAAAUUAAAUAUUUUUCAUUUUGGUCAAAUCUUAUUCAAUCUUGUCCAUACACUUACAGCACAUCAUGAAAAAAGCUUUGUUCCUGCAUUUUAAAGACCUUAAGUCUGGAAAAAGAAAUUAUUGUUUUGGAAAAAAGUCUCGAAAAAGUCUUGAGUUAUAGAUCCAAAAAUCUGUAUGAACCCUGGGAGCUGGAUACAAUGUGUUAGCAACAUGUUUCAUAUGUGAAAAUCAAUUUUGUUCUUCUAUGUUCAAAAAUGCUUCUUGCUGGCUAGCCUGUGCCAGUCCCUCAGAUAGUAGGGAUGUCGCAAAAUCAAGGUCAAGUGAAAACUGGGUUUGCAUGAUCUGGGAAACGGAUCAGAUUUGACAUCUCUUCUCAUGGGAGAAUGGGCAUGGUAUGGUUACCCUGUAAGCAAGCUCUUUUGUUUUGUCAGCCCUUGGUAACUUUCAGGAAAAAAAAAAUCAGUUUUUACAGCUGUAUCCUGCUCAUGCUUUUGCAUAAGGGAUCACAGAAUAAUAAGUUAGCUCUUUCAUUGUCACCUAGAGAAGAUUACACUGUAGCUAGUGACAGGGCAGGCCACUGGAAUUCCAGCAUUACAUGUGUGUUUCUUGAGUGUAAAUCUCUCAUAUUGCAUGCAAAUUACACAAGAAAUAUACUUGUGAAAUGUGUGUAAAAAUACAUGCAAAACUAAACAAGAAAAUACAAAUUAAUAUUUAUUUAUUUUACAAUUUACUUCUCAGAAGACUACAUCAUGAAAUAGCUAUACCUGUAAUUUCUUUAAUCAUGAGUUGCUCUCCUACUCUUUUCAGGAUAUCCAUCCGUUCUAUGCUGAUCUAAUGAAUGUAUUGUAUGACAAGGACCACUACAAACUGGCAUUAGGUCAAAUAAACACAGCGAGACAUUUGAUUGACAGGUAAGGGUAAUAUAUAGUAACCUAUUAGAAAUAGAGCUUAUAUCACCUCUGAGAUCUCUCAAAAGAUACAAAUGUAUAAUCACUGCACUGCAAUGUAGUGUUUGUUUCUUUUUGUAACAGUGUUGCCAAAGACUAUGUGAGGCUUAUGAAGUAUGGUGACUCAUUGUACAGAUGUAAACAGCUGAAGAGAGCAGCUCUCGGAAGGUAAGCACUCUACCAACAUUAGCCUCCUUCCCCAGAUAAUUUGGACUUAUGAUAAUCUGUACUUCUGUACAUAAUCUGUGCAUAAUCGGUACACUGUAAGUGUCCAUCAAAUAAUUGUUUUAUGAUACAUUGUAUUGCACUAAAACACAGUCUUCUUUUAAUCUUUAUUAUAGGAUGUGUACAAUCAUGAAAAGACAAAACCAGAGUUUACAAUACUUGGAACAAGGUAUGAAACUUUUUACGUCUCUUAUAAAGUACCACUAGUGUACAGUGAAAAUAAGACUUUAAGUUGCUGGAUAAAAUUUAUUAUUAUUCAUUCAAAAUAUUUUCCCAAUAUUGAUUGGCUAAAAGCAUGCACAUAAUUCACCAUAACUAGUUAUUGAUGACCAAAUUUGGAAGGAUUUUGUGUUUAACGAGGAAAUGAAGUCAAAAUGCACCCUUCUACACAUUAAUGAACCGUUAACCGAGAAGACCUGGGGACAAGAUUGAUUUGUUUUCGUUGUAAAAACUAAAAUGGCAGACACUUCACUCGUUUCAAGAGUAAGAACUACAGCUGGAACUAGGCAAAAUAAUGGCUAAAAACAUAGCAAAAACAGCAAGAAGACAACUCGGAGGGCGACAUCUGCUAUUUAGAGAAUAUUUACGGAGGUGGACAAACCUAAUCGUAAACUAUCAAAGAUAAACUUAACAUCGAUGCAGGUAAGCUUGUUGUAGCUAUGUUUUUAAACUAGAAAUUAUUUUGAAUGAAUAAUAAAACAAUUAUUGAAUUCGGCUUUCGUAUCAUAUGAAGAAUUAUGGAGAUCUCAGAGGCCGUAUACACCCUCCUGGAUCUCCAUAAUUCUUCAGAAGAUACUCAGCCUCAUUCAUUAAUUGUUAAAUAGUAGGGAAUCAAACAGCUACAGAUUUCUUUAGUUCUCUUUUUCCUCUACAUUCCCAUGAAAGUAGCCAUGGGUCAUCUUCAUAGUAGCUGGGGAAAAUCCCUGGCCCUGUUUACUUAAUGACAGCCUUGUUAACUGAUCUAGCUGUUUAACUCCUCAAGGAAAAAAACAAGGCUGUUUGUUUCAGUAGCCAGACCAUUCUAAGAUUCAGUGAAGUUUCCCAUGUAGCCAUCCCCUAACCUAACAUUUUGCUGUCAUUGAUAAGUUAUUAGAUUUAGAUCAAUCAUAUUGUGUUUUUCUUGUAUGUAGGGAGUGUUUGUUAGACCAUCUACCAAAUAUUAGAAUAAAGGGAAUUAACUCUUGGAAUCACUUGUUUUAGCAUUACUCAGUAUGUAAUAUCUUGAAAUCUGUUAAAAUAAAAUAUUAACAUGUACACUGUACAUGUAUCUAGCUUUCAAGAGGUCCAAAAAACAUGAUAGAAGGGAUUUGCAGCAAUACUUAGGCACAUUCUUAUUUCUGGAAUAUGAUGAAUCAAACACACACAGCUCUAGGUUAAUAUACAGAUAUCCAUCAGCAAAUAUAUGUACAUAGCGCGUGUGCAUUUGUUAUACAUNUUGGAAUCACUUGUUUUAGCAUUACUCAGUAUGUAAUAUCUUGAAAUCUGUUAAAAUAAAAUAUUAACAUGUACACUGUACAUGUAUCUAGCUUUCAAGAGGUCCAAAAAACAUGAUAGAAGGGAUUUGCAGCAAUACUUAGGCACAUUCUUAUUUCUGGAAUAUGAUGAAUCAAACACACACAGCUCUAGGUUAAUAUACAGAUAUCCAUCAGCAAAUAUAUGUACAUAGCGCGUGUGCAUUUGUUAUACAUGUACUAUAGGUGAAUUUUGCUAUAACUUUUUUCACUGAUGUUUGUAGUGCGGCAACAUGUGGCCAGGCUUCCAUCAAUCAAUCCUAACACAAGGACCCUGCUGGUGUGUGGGUUUCCAAAUGUUGGCAAGUCAAGUUUUAUGAAUAAGGUAUGCAUUGCUCUCACAAGAUACGAAUGGUGUGAGAUGGUCACACUGGAAACUCUGUAAGGUUUAUUACCUUUAUGAUCUGUCUGGCAAGUCCUGACUUUUGGAAAGUGGUGUUAGAUUGUUGGAAGGUAAAAUGAAAACUUCAUGCACUGGGCCACGUGUAACAAAUGUUACCUUUGUACUUAAAUGUACUACAAGUAAAAGCCAGGCAUUGUGAAUUCCAAUCACUUGGUGAUCCUCAGGCAGUUAACAGAGUAAUAUUUAUUAUUUUAAGGUUUAUAACCAUAGCAUUGUAACAAACAUUUUUUUUUUUCUCAAGGUGACAAGAGCAGAUGUUGAAGUCCAGCCAUACGCCUUUACAACCAAGUCCCUGUUUGUCGGCCACAUGGAUUACAAGUAUCUCAGAUGGCAGGUCAGACCAGAGUUUUACCUGAACACAUGUAUAUGUUGACUGUGUACAUUUACAUGUGCCACAGCCCAGCUUUUUUACAUGUAGUUUUAUGUUGUGUUUUUCUACUAAUCCUCUGACAAUUCAUGCAGCAUAAUACACCAAAAGAAAAUGACAUUUUCUAUCUGAAGUCAUUAUUGGCAUCUGUCCAAUUUAGUGAAGGAAAGUUUUUAAUUGGUAUUAGCUGCAUUGGCAAGGAACCACACAAAAUUGAUACUGGUAUGGUAUCAAAAUUGCAGCUUUUACAUUUGUCAAAAUGAUACUGCUUCAACAUGCAAGCUGAUGUUGUUAUAAUGGUCUGUUGAUAUUGGUACAGUACAAACUAGUACUAGUAUUGUACAAAAUUGACAGGAAAUGGUAAUACACGUUUACAUUGGCACUUCAGAACAAAGAUGAUGUUGUUACUGUACCUUUGUGAAACCCACUUUUUUACCAAACAUGGUGAUAGCUGGCUGAUAGUCUAUUGUUGUUGGUACAGUACAAAAUUGAUUUUGUUAGUGUACCAAAUUAUACAGUCACAGUGCAAAAUCAGUAUAAAUUUGGUACAAUGCUAAAUGAGGUAGAGUACAGUAGAAAAAUUGUUACAAAUAGUAUUGGUUCUGCACAGUGUUAUUACUGGUAUUGUGUGGUUCCANGCAAGGAACCACACAAAAUUGAUACUGGUAUGGUAUCAAAAUUGCAGCUUUUACAUUUGUCAAAAUGAUACUGCUUCAACAUGCAAGCUGAUGUUGUUAUAAUGGUCUGUUGAUAUUGGUACAGUACAAACAAGUACUAGUAUUGUACAAAAUUGACAGGAAAUGGUAAUACACGUUUACAUUGGCACUUCAGAACAAAGAUGAUGUUGUUACUGUACCUUUGUGAAACCCACUUUUUUACCAAACAGGGUGAUAGCUGGCUGAUAGUCUAUUGUUGUUGGUACAGUACAAAAUUGAUUUUGUUAAUGUACCAAAUGAUACAGUCACAGUGCAAAAUCAAUAUAAAUUUGGUACAAUGCUAAAUGAGGUAGAGUACAGUAGAAAAAUUGUUACAAAUGGUAUUGGUUCUGCACAGUGUUAUUACUGGUAUUGUGUGGUUCCAGAAAAUAUCCAUGCCCCCCAACGGAAGACUCUUUGAUUUGCACACCCCCCACCCCCCAGGAUUUUCCAUUCCAGGGGGUUCUUUGAUGACCCCCCUCUCCCAAGGAAUUUCCAGAAUUUUUAAACAGGGACUUGGCUUACCACCCUUUGGAAAUUCAAAGUGGCUUUGGUACUUAAAAACAAAGAAAGUGAAUACUAACUCAGUUAUGAAAAUACGGUAGAAUUUUAUUACAACAGUGCAGUGUAAACAUUUGUUAAGCGUAUUAUUCACCCAAACUUUUAGCUUCUUCACCAUCAUGUUUGCAAAUUAUGUGUGUGUUGUUUUUAUGUAAGCUUAUAAGUUUAAACAUUUGGGUUGCAAAGUUUAAACGUCGAUUGUUCUAUGUUUUUGUGCUUACUCCAACACAAACAUUAGAUAAUCAGUAAUUUUGUUACAAAUAGUUAUGGUGAGUCCUGGAAUUCAUCUUGUGAAAAAUCGCAAGUCCUGGUCCAGAACCAUUAAGUCCCAAUUCAUAAAGCAACGAGUGCCGGGGUCUUUUUUAACUAUACAGUUAAUCUGAAGAUAGACUCCGAAACUUUGUAUUACAGUUUACUGACAUAAAAAAUAUACUCCUUCUGUUGUAAAGCACAGCAAAGACUAAAAGAAGUAAGUGUCAUUUAACAACAGCCACAGAAAUCACACAAACAGGAUAUUCUACAGAAACCCCAAAUCAAUCAAUCAAUAUUUGAGUCCUACGGGAUGCAUAUGCCAUAAAUUAUUUUGCAUCUUUGGGGAUUUUCAUGCAUUAGGGAUGCAGGAUGCAGAGGUAACAAAAAAAGUACAAAGUGAUAUUUUCUUUGAGCUGUGCAAUGUGAGGCUUGAAAAGUGGCAUUUUGUACUGGACAAAAUUCAUGUUUGAUACUGUGCAAUGUGAGGCUGGUACAGUCAGAAUUGACUUUGCGACAGUACAAAAAUGAUGUUUGUUGUUAUACAAUAUGAGGCGGAUCCAAUCAAAAGUAAAAUAAAAGUAAAAACUAUGGGCAACCUCUGGAUAAUUGUUUAGAAAAAUCCUUUUGCCCCCAUCCACAUCUUUGACCUCAGAGCUUUCGCUCCACUGUAUUUCCAACACAAACAAAAAGUACAACCAAACAACUACCUGCUAUGCAGGCUACAUGUACUACUACCAAUAGAGAAGUGAACUGCUCGGGAAGCAACCACGUUUGUGCUUCAUUUUAUAAUGAAAACUACUGAUAGGAGGUUCAGGUUGUACAUUUCCACACCUUGAUAAAUUUUCAUGAUCAAUAUAUAAGCUCAUCUGCAGGUUACUGGCUAUGAGUGCAUGUACAGCUGUAAGUGAUUCAUUUAAAGCUAAAAGAUUACUGGGAACUUUUAGAGAUUUAUGAGAUACUACAAAGUUUGAGUAAACAAGUGUUGGAAUGUGCGGGUCACAUAAAAAAAGGUCCCUUAGGGUGGAUUGCCACUGUCACAUAAUACUCACAAGCGUACAUGUACAGUAUGUAAGUGUACAAACAUAACUUUUAGGCACGUAAAGUAAAAAAGAGGUAAUGUAUGGAAGGCCAUGCAUUAAUGUAAAAGUUGAACCUUGCUCAACUAAAUGCAUGAUUUAUUGGCAAAGUUCUUCCUUUGUUGUUACUGGAAAUUAUUUUAAACUGUCUCAUUGCUUAUGAUUAAGAUACUUGUAGUGUAUAGUAGACAACCUGUACCAACAGCGAGUGUUCAUGCUUUCGUAGCAAACGUGAAAGUGACAAGCCUGUCCCCAGGGUUCUCUCUCAAGUAUGCGAGAGUGAAUGUACAACUCAGGCACCCUUCAGCAACAACAAACUAUGUUGUUUUCAUAUCGGUCAGUGAGCUCGGGUUGGCACAGUAGAGCCAAUCUCUGUCAACACAAAGUUAGCGAGUGAACAUUUGCAUAUCAAAACCUAUCACAAAAACUCUUUGGAUACCCUUUGAGUAUCUACAUGUUAAAAAACUGAUUUACAGUGAAGGUACAUUACAACAUUAUUUAUUGCUGCUGUUCAACAUUUGUCUGGCCUUAAUAAAUUAAUUUUAACAAUUCUGGCCUCACAUACAUAAGAUGUUCAAAGUGAAAAGUUUAUUUAGGAUGACUUAGUCAGUGAUCUGAUGUAUCCUAGUUACAUCAAUGAUAAUGAUAAAUAGUGCUAUAUAAAUUAUGUUAGAAAAUGUGCUUGACCGAAUAACAAAAACCACUAAAAAGGGCCCUUGAAAAGUGGCUAAAAAUAUGUGGAAACAUGUUCCCCUACUUAACAUGCAGCAGCAUGAAACCCUGGGGAAAGGGUUCAAGAAAAAGUAACAUUGAAGACCUUGAUAUUUUUAAAACUACAGUAUUCCAAACAGAGGCUACUGGUAAUUUUAAGAACUUGAAAAGGAUGCAAAAAAUAAGUGCAAUUAAUACUGUAAUAUAUUAUAAUCUGCAGUUAUUCCAAAAUUAUAUAGAAUUGAACAACUGUUAGUUACCAUGUAAAGUAUUUCAAAAAAAAGCAAAACCAAAAAAAUUGAUCACAACUACCCACAUGUCUCUAAAGUGUGCCAUAAGAUUUAUUUUAAAAUUUCUGAGAUGUUUCAAUGUUGUUCCCAUGUCUCUCAAUGGUGAAAAUUACAUUUGGCACUACACUGUACUUUAUUGGGAAAUUAAACUUUUGACUAACAGUCAUUGUGGUUUCAUGUGUGUAAGUUGAUUUUGUAUGCUGGUCAUACAAUAUUACCAGUCUGUACAUGUAUGCAUGUGUUGUAUUUUUAUUAUUCAUAGGUUGUUGACACUCCAGGAAUCCUCGACCAUUCAUUAGAAGAAAGAAACACGAUAGAAAUGCAGGUUAGAAAGUUUGUCAAUGUUAUAUAAACUUUUUAUUACAAAUCAUUGGGAUUUUAGUUAAAAAGAACGAUCUAAACAUUUACUUGAAUUUUUUAGGCAAUUACUGCCCUUGCUCACUUGCGAGCGGCAAUUCUCUACGUGAUGGACAUUUCAGAGCAGUGUGGUCACACUCUUGAGGAACAGAUAGAGCUGUUUAAUGGCAUUAGACCUCUGUUUGCAAACAAACCCUUGCUGGUGAUCUUAAACAAAAUUGAUGUUCUUAGACCUGGUGAGCUUUCUGAGGAGAAGAAAGAGUUGAUUAAAGUUUUUGAUCAAGAAGGUAAUAUUCUGCUUGAUCUUCAUAACAUUGCAGUACUGCACCAUGCUGCAGUACAGUCCACCUACUUUACCAGACUUGACCUAGGAAACCCUUAAUGCUCUAAUCAUCAUCUCAUUAUCAUUAUCAUCAUCAUGAAAAUCAUUAUCUUGGUGAUCAUCAUGAUGAUGGUCAUCAUCAUCAUUGACGUCAUUAUCAUCAUCAUCACCAUCAUCAUCACUACCACCACUGUCAUCAUCAUCAUCAUCAUCCUUUGCCUGCGAGCAAGCUCUCCAUUUGUGGGACAUCAUGAAAAGUAGACACUUGAGCGGAGACAUGAAAGUGGCCGCUGGGGGACAGAAAGAUGAGCUUGCAACGAUCACUCAUUAAUUUCAUUUCCACCGCUGACACACCAAAGCAUUAAAACUGUCACGGCAAACAUGCUGCAGAUUAGAAAGUCACGUUAAGACAGCCGAGGGCACAUAGAAUUUAUUUAUUUUUUAAAUCCCUUUCUCAACAGCUUUCCACUGCACCAAAGCAAUGUUUUUGACCACGGAUGUGUUUUUUAAUCCUCUGGACAUCAAACUACAAUGGUCCGCUCGGAUAAGAACUCAAUACUUUGAUUCUCGUUUCAUGUAAUAUAUCAAACAUGAGAUGCAGUGUUUCAUCACCAGAUGAAACACCGAGAAGAGAGUUGAAAAUACGACGCGCAGCGGAGUAUUUUUGACGAACUUCGAGCUGUUUCAUCUGGUGAUGAAACACUGUGUCGAAUGUUUGAUAUUUCUUCUCAAACAAAAUCAUUUUUGAAGGAGAAAUUAAAGAUGCAAAAAUGAGCAGUUUUUCAUCGGAUAUCCAAACACUCAUUAAACAUUAAUUUCCUUUGAAUUCUCUUUAUGAAUUAUUAAUGAGUUUGAGAAUUACAUUUGAAAGGUCAUCCACAGUCAGAAGACUAAGCUCGCCGUCGCAAUCACCAGUUGUUUAAACAUAGUAUAUUUUUGUCUGUUUCGGAACUGGAGAAGAGCAUUUUCCUGGACCUGGUUCUCUUAUGUUUUACUCCUCAGUUGCUUCCUACUCUUUCUAUUGACCUUCUUGACAGUCAGCUGCUAAUUCUUCGUCAGCUACACUGUCAUGUACCAGUUUCUGAAUUUUCUGUGCCCAGUGGAAUUCAUUAGGCAAAAAAAGGAACGUUGGAAGGCAGUACUUGAAUCAGGACUAAACAAGGCACUUGAUACAAACAAAUGCAACUGAUGAAGGGUUCUGAUUUUCUGAUAAUCCUCAGCUCGCAACAUUUUAUUGGCAACACUUUCACACGUACAGCUGUACAACAAUUACAUCAAUGAACCCGUCUGCUUUGAGGGCUGAAACAUGUUCUAGGUUCCAGUGUGAUCCCCCUUAGAUCCAAAUUUGACACGCAGAUGAAAGUUCUCUUUUACAGAAGGAGAAAGCGAUUUUCUGCCUUUGCCAGUCUUCUUUUUCAAAGUGAGUUCAGCGAUCGACGACAUAACCCUGGUUUUGGUGAUAAUACAUUUCCCGUGAGCUAGGCCUGUUAUCAAUCAACUUUGAUAUCUGGAAUGUCAUUUUUCCCUUCAUCUGGGCAAAGUACACGUACAAAUGAAAAAUUUAUGAGAGAUUGUUGCAAGUUCUCCUUUCCUUGGCCUCUCGCUGCUUUGCCGCUCAUGCGUUCUUGUGUGGCUCACUUGGCUCACCCAAAUAGGAGAGCUUGCUCACAGGCUACAUCAUCCUCAUCAUUAUCCUAAACCGUUAACUUAGAAAUUACUGUAAGUUUACUUGGCUUUUGUAAACAUGGUAAGUCUCCCCCAUAAUUAGAACUUGCUAUAUUAAGGCAGUGUAUGUUUGUACAUUAUUGGAAUUUUUUCUGUGUAUGAACAAAGAAAGAACAUAGAGAUAAACUCCUGGCUGUUUCUGUAGGUGUUACCCUUCUUCCAAUGAGUACAGUUAGUGAAGAAGGCGUGAUGACUGUCAGAAAUGAGGCUUGUGAUCAGCUGCUAGCUCAGAGAGUUGAAAUAAAGAUGAAGAGCAAAAAAACAUCAGAUGUCAUGAACAGACUUCAUGUUGCCAUGCCAACACAGAGAGAUCAGAAAGAGAGACCACCCUGCAUUCCUCAGGUAAUGCUGCACUAUCCCGAACAUCUUAUAAAAGAACUGUAGUCAAUCCCUAAAGCCUGCGGUGAUCAGUAUCGACUUUCUUUCCAAGGAAUCAAUGUGUAAUUUAAUAAAGAAAUAGUGAGAGUUAGGGCUUUGAUCAUACAAGAAAAUUGUCUUAGUAGGUUAACACUGGUUGUACAAGAGAUACAUGAACUCUCGUGGAAGUUUGUGCUGCUUAGUAUAGACUCCGUUACUGCGCUUUUCACAAAAUAUGCAAGCUUUUUAGUUCAAAAGCCGCCUUCACAAUUGCGUUUUUUGCUGCCCUCAAUCAUAAUUACACUUUUACCAUCACAAGCAAUAAACCUUGAAAACAGAAACACACAAAACGGAUCGAAAUCCACUAAUCACAGAUCACAAGCCAUGACCUUUUGNGUGUAUGUUUGUACAUUAUUGGAAUUUUUUCUGUGUAUGAACAAAGAAAGAACAUAGAGAUAAACUCCUGGCUGUUUCUGUAGGUGUUACCCUUCUUCCAAUGAGUACAGUUAGUGAAGAAGGCGUGAUGACUGUCAGAAAUGAGGCUUGUGAUCAGCUGCUAGCUCAGAGAGUUGAAAUAAAGAUGAAGAGCAAAAAAACAUCAGAUGUCAUGAACAGACUUCAUGUUGCCAUGCCAACACAGAGAGAUCAGAAAGAGAGACCACCCUGCAUUCCUCAGGUAAUGCUGCACUAUCCCGAACAUCUUAUAAAAGAACUGUAGUCAAUCCCUAAAGCCUGCGGUGAUCAGUAUCGACUUUCUUUCCAAGGAAUCAAUGUGUAAUUUAAUAAAGAAAUAGUGAGAGUUAGGGCUUUGAUCAUACAAGAAAAUUGUCUUAGUAGGUUAACACUGGUUGUACAAGAGAUACAUGAACUCUCGUGGAAGUUUGUGCUGCUUAGUAUAGACUCCGUUACUGCGCUUUUCACAAAAUAUGCAAGCUUUUUAGUUCAAAAGCCGCCUUCACAAUUGCGUUUUUUGCUGCCCUCAAUCAUAAUUACACUUUUACCAUCACAAGCAAUAAACCUUGAAAACAGAAACACACAAAACGGAUCGAAAUCCACUAAUCACAGAUCACAAGCCAUGACCUUUUGAACCCAUUUAAGUAAAGUUCUGUUUCCUGAGAGGUCCGCUAAGAUGAUUGACGGCAGGGAAAAAACACAAACGUUAGUUGGCUUUUGAACUUCGGAGUUCACGUGUUUUUGAAAACCGCAGUAAUGUAGAAAAAAAUACCACACUAGAUGACUGUUUGUUUUAUUGGCAUAAACAGCACCAACCAUGCACAAACAUUGAGUUCUGUAUAAAUAGAGUGUGAACACAUCAGAUUUUUCUUUGCACUGUUCCUUUUUGAGAGCUUAAAGAUAAACAAAGAGAACCAAAUAAAAAAGCGUAUAAAGAAAGCCCAGGGUGAAGUGGGUUUUUCUAUCAGGCUAUUGAAUUCUGUUCUUAACUUGCCUAACGGGCAAGUGAAGUUUUUCAGGGAAUUCAAAUUACAGAAGAAGUUAUUAAGUUAUUAUGCUACGCCUGUAGCUAUACUUUUCCCGAAUGGCAGGCUGUAAAACUGACUUUCUUUGCACCCUGCUUUAUAGUGCCUUAUGAUGGUUUAAUUAUUACUGACAAAUGUGCAUGAAAUAAAUCAUAUCUGAGAACUGUGGAAAUGACAUUAAAAAAAUGAAAAAUGAUCGUUGCACUUGUGAUUUAUGAUUUUCAUACAUUGUAGCUUAGUUGGUUAGAGUGUCGCACUGGUAUUGCAAGGUCAUGGGUUCAAAUUUCAUGGAAGUCAUGAAUCUUUUUCAGGCUUCUUACACAAUUGCAUAAAUUGCGUUCACAACUGCAAGGAUCAUUCUUCAUUUGUUUUAAAUAUUACUGUUAAUAACCAUUCUGUCAAGGUGAUUGUAAUACAUGUAUUUAUUAGAUCUACACUGUGUCACAUUGCAAGAAAUUAUGUCCACAGAGAGAGUUUAGAUUGUCUUAUAAUAUUGAUUCAAAAUUUAUUUUUGCUACUUCAUAUACAGGCUGUAUUGGACAAAAGGCAGGCUAUGGUUGUUGAAGGAGCCCAGCCCAAGCGCAAACUGGCCAGAGAUCUGGAGAUUGAGAUGGGAGAAGAUUACUACAUGGAUAUGCGGGAGCAUUGGGAUCUGGCAAAAGGUGAUGAGAAUCAUGAUAUUUUACCAGAGAUUUACCUUGGAAAGAAUGUGGCUGACUUCAUUGAUCCAGAUAUUAUGAAGGUGAGGUUUCAACUUGGAGUUGUAGUGUUAAAGUUUCAAUAUGUGAAAAGUAACAGGUCAAACCAAGAGAGGAGCCCUAAACACAAAGGGGACUUUGUGUCCUUUUUGAAUCUGCCUCAUCUGAGAUUUGUAUAUGUCACUACAAUAACUGAAUUAAUUAUUUAAUAAUCGAUUAGAUGUGUUUAUAAAAAAUCAGUCAAUUGAUCAAUCAAUCAAUACACUUGGUAAUACAAAUGAAGGCCAUUUCCAAGUUCCAAAAAGUCUCACUUUCAAAAUGAGGCUAAAUGCAAAACCUUUCUUGUGAAAACAAGUUUUAUUUGCAUGAUAACAAAGCUCGUUUUCAUUUCAAUGCUUUUGCGCUUACGGGGCUCCAAAUAACAGUCUGUUAUUGGACAUUAGCUGACCAAAAUUUGCUAGUUCAGUGUCCGAUUCUUCAGGCGCCUUACCGCUAGGUGGAUCUGGUACCUUUUUGUUAUCACAAAAAUAAAUAUUUGAAUUUCUUUCGUUACAGAAAUUAGAAGAGCUAGAGAAAGAAGAGGAACUGCGUGAGGCUGCAGGGCUUUAUGACUCUGAACCAGUAAGAGAGUGUCGUAGUAAUUUUUGGAUCAUUAUCAUCAUUUUGCCCACCUGACCCUCCCUUAAGCCGACAUUUUGCCCCAAGUAAGAAGUAAGUGUUAAUGUUGGCCUGUAAUAAAUCUUGCCAAGAUUCCUGUGGUAAUUCUUACCAAGAUUCUUGCCAACAUUCCUGUAAUAAUUCGUACCAAGAUUCUUGCCAAGAUUGUUGCCAACAUUCCUGUGGUAAUUCUUGCCAAGAGUCUUGCCAAAAUUCCCGUGUUGCAAUUCUUCCCAAGAUUCUUGACAAGAUUCUGGUGGUAAUUCUUGCCAAGAUUCUUGCCAAGAUACCCAGAGUAAUUCUUACCAAGAUUAUUGCCAACAUACCCAUAGUAAUUCUUACCACGAUUCUUGCCAAGAUACCUAUAGCAAAUCUUACCAAGAUUCUUGCUGAGAUACCCGUAGUAAUUGUUGCCAAGAUUCCUCAGCAAUUCUUGCCGAGAUUCUUGCCAAGAUCCCUGCGGUAAUUCUUACCAAGAUUGUUGCCAAGACUCCCGAGGAGAUUCUUGCAAAGACUCCCGUAGUAAUUGUUACCAAUAUUCCCUUAGUUAAUCUUGCCAAGAUACCCGUGGUAAUUCUUGCCAAGAUACCCAUUGUAAUUCUUACCAAGAUUCUUGCCAAGAUUCCGGUGGUAAUUCUUGCCAAGAUUCUUGCCAAGAUACCCAUUGUAAUUCUUACCAAGAUUCUUGCCAAGAUUCCUGUGGUAAUUCUUACCAAGAUUGCCAAGAUACGUAUAGUAAAUCGUACCAAGAUCCUUGCAAAGAUACUUAUAGUAAUUCUUACCAAGAUUUUUCCCAAGAUUCCCGUUGUAAUUCUUGCUAAGAUUCUUGGCAAGAUACCCAUUGUACUUCUUAGCAAGAUUCUUGACAAGAUACCUAUAGUAAUUCUUACCAAGAUUCUUCCCAACAUUCCUGUGGCAAUUCGUGCCAAGAUCCCCGCGGUAAUUCUUACCAAGAUUCUUGCCAAGAAUUCGUAGUAAUUCUUCCCAAGAUUCUUGCCAAGACUCCUGUGGUAAUUCUUACCAAGAUUCUUGCCAAGAUUCCUGUGGUAAUUCUUACGAAGAUUCAGUGGUAAUUCUUACCAAGAUUCUUGCCAAGAUUCUCGUAGUAAUUCUUCCCAAGAUUCUUGCCAAGACUCCUGUGGUAAUUCUUACCAAAAUUCUUGCCAAGAUUCCUGUGGUAAUUCUUGCCAAGAUUCCCGUGGUAAUUCUUGCCAAGUUUCUUGCCAAGAUUCCUGUGGUAAUUCUUGCAAAGAUUCCCGUAGUGGUUCUUGCCAUGAUUCUUGCCAAGAUACCCAUAGUAAUUCUUACGAAGAUUCUUGCCAAGAUACCCAUAGUGAUUAUUACCAAGAUUCUUGCCAACAUACCCAUAGUAAUUCUUACCAAGAUUCUUGCCGUGAUACCCAUAGUAAUUGUUGCCAAGAUUCCUGUCGCAAUUCUUGCUGAGAUUCUAGCCAAGAUCCUCGCGGUAAUUCUUACCAAGAUUCUUGCCAAGAUUCUUGUAAUAAUUCUUACCAAGAUUCUUUCCAAGAUUCUCGCGGUAAUUCUAUCCAAGAUUCUUGCCAAGAUUCCCGUGGAGAUUCUUGCCAAGAUUCUUGCCAAGAUACCCAGAGUAAUUCUUACGAAGAUUUUUGCAAAGAUACCGAUAGUAAAUCUUACCAAGAUUCUUGCCAAGAUUCCCGUUCAAAUUCUUGUCAAGAUUUCCCGUGGUAACUCUUACCAAGGUUCUUUCCAAGAUACCUAUAGUAAAUCUUACUAAGAUUCCUGCCAAGAUACCUGUAAAAACUCUUACCAAGAUUCUUGCCAAGAUUCCCGUUUUAAUUCUUGCCAAGAUUCUUGCCAAGAUACCCAUGGUAAGUCUUAGUAAAGAUUAUGGUAAUAAUCUAAGGGCACUAUUAAGAAGGGUUCUAAAAACGGUUCUAUGGGUAUCAUUAAGAAUGGUUCUAAGAACGGUUCUAUUGAUAUCAUUUAGAAUGAUCCUAAGAACGGUUCAUACCCGAAGUAAUUCUUUCCAAGAUUCUUCUUAAGAUCCCUAUGGCAAUUCUUGCCGAGAUUCUUUCCAAGAUCUUCGCGGUAAUUCUUACCAAGGUUCUUGCCAAGAUUCCUGCAGUAAUUCUUACCAAGAUUCUUUUUAAGAUUCCUGUGGUAAUUCUUGCCAAGAUUCCCGUGGUAAUUCUCGCCAAGAUUCUUGCCAAGAUUUCCUGUGGUAAUUCUUGCCAAGAUUCUUGCCAAGAUACCCAGAGUAAUUCCUACUAAGAUUCUUUCCAAGAUUCCCGCGGUAAAUAUUACCAAGAUUCUUGCCAAGAUUCCCGUGGAGAUUCCUGCAAAUAUUCCCGUAGUAAUUCUUACCAAAAAUUCCCGUACUAAAUCUUGCCAAAAUUUCGGUGGUAAUUCUUGCCAAGAUUCUUGCCAAGAUUCCCGUGGUAAUUCUUGCCAAGAUACCCAAAGUAAUUAUUACCAAGAUUCUUGCCAACAUACCCAUAGUAAUUCUUACCAAGAUUCUUGCCGUGAUACACAUAGUAAUUCUUGCCAAGAUUCCUGUGGCAAUUCUUGCUGAGAUUCUAGCCAAGAUCCUCGCGGUAAUUCUUACCAAGAUUCUUGCUAAGAUUCCUGUAAUAAUUCUUACCAAGAUUCUUUCGAAGAUUCUCGCGGUAAUUCUAUCCAAGAUUCUUGCCAAGAUUCCCGUGGAGAUUCUUGCCAAGAUUCUUGCCAAGAUACCCAGAGUAAUUCUUACGAAGAUUUUUGCCAAGAUUCCCGUUCAAAUUCUUGCCAAGAUUUACCGUGGUAAUUCUUACCAAGACUCUUGCCAAGAUACUUAUAGUAAAUCUUACUAAGAUUCUUGCCAAGAUACCUAUAAAAACUCUUACCAAGAUUCUUGCCAAGAUUCCCGUUUUAAUUCUUGGGAAGAUUCUUGCCAAGAUAUCCAUGGUAAGUCUUAGUAAAGAUUAUGGUAAAUUAGAUUCCCGUGAUGAUUCUUCCCAAGAUUUUUGCCAAGAUACCCAUAGUAAUUCUUACCAAGAUUCUUGCCAAGAUACUUAUAGUAAUCUUUCCAAGAUUUUUGCCAAGAUUCACGUAGUAAUUCUUACCACGAUAAGAUUCCCGUGGUAAUUAGUGCCAAGGUUCCUGUGGUAAUUCUUCCCAAGAUUCCAGUAGUGAUUCUUGCCAAGAUACCCAUACUAAUUCUUACCAAGAUUGUUGCCAACAUACCCAUAGUAAUUCUUACCAAGAAUCUUGCCGAGAUACCUAUAGUAUAUCUUACCACGAUUCUUGCCAACAUACCCAUAGUACUUCUUGCCGAGAUUCUAGCCAAGAUCCUCGCGGUAGUUCUUACCAAGAUUCUUCUCAAGAUUCCUGUAAUAAUUCUUACCAAGAUUCUUUCCAAGACACCCAUAGUAAUUCUUACCAAGAUUCUUGCCAAGAUACCCACUUUCUUGGCACGCUGCAAGAUACUUAUAGCAAUUCUUACCAAUAUUCUUGCCAAGAUACCUAUGGUAAAUCUUACCAAGAUUCUUACCAAGGUACCGAUAGUAAAUCUUACCAAGAUUUUUACCAAGGUACCCAUAGUAAUUCUUACCAAGAUUCUUGCCAAGAUACCUAUAGUAAAUCUUACCAAGAUUCUUGCCAAGAUACUCAUGGUAAAUCUUGCCAAGAUUCUUACCAGAGUACCAAUAAUAAAUCUUCCCAAGAUUCUUACCAAGAUACCCAUAGUAAUUCGUACGAAGAUUCUUGCCAAGAUACCCAUAGUAAUUUUUACCCAGAGUCUUGCCAUAACUAUAGUAAAUCUUACCAAGAUUUUUGCCAAGAUACUUAUAGUUAUUCUUACCAACACUUUUGUCAAGAUUUCCGUUGUAAUUCUUGCCAAGAUUCUAGCCAAGAUACCCAUUGUACUUCUUACGAGGAUUCUUGCCAAGAUACCUAUAGUAAUUCUUGCCAAGAUUCUUGCCAAGAUUUUUGUAGUAAUUCGUACCAAGAUUCGCGUAGUUAAUCUUGCCAAGAUUACCGUGGUAAUUCUUGCCAAGAUUCCCCGUGGUGAUUCUUGCCAAGAUUCUAGCCAAGACAGGGGGCAAAGAAAGCCAGUUUUACAGCGUGCCAUUCGGGCAAGCUGUAGCUAGCAUGUACUAGCCGGAAAGUCAUUUCAACUAGCCCCCCCAAAAUUUGUGAAGCAGGAUUGAUUACAGUUCUUCUGUAAUUUGAAUUUCCGCCCAAAAAAUUCACUUGCCCAUCGGGCAAUUUAAUAACAGAAUUCUCUAGCCCGACAGCAAAAUCCUCUAGCCCCGAGCUAUCGGACACCACUUUCUUUGCACGCUGCAAGAUACUUAUAGCAAUUCUUACCAAUAUUCUUGCCAAUAUACCUAUGGUAAAUCUUACCAAGAUUCUUACCAAGGUACCGAUAGUAAAUCUUACAAAGAUUUUUACCAAGGUACCCAUAGUAAUUCUUACCAAGAUUCUUGCCAAGAUACUUAUCGUAAAUCUUACGAAGAUUCUUGCCAAGAUUCCCAUAGUAAUUCUUACCAAGAUUCUUGUCAAGAUUACCGUAGUAAUUCCUGCAAGAUUCUUCCCAAGAUUCCCGUGGAAAUUCUUGCCAAGAUUACCGUAGUAAUUCUUACCAAGAUUGUUGCCAAGAUACCCAUAGUAAUUCUUACCAAGAUUCUUGCCAAGAUUACCGUAGUAAUUCCUGCCAAGAUUCCUGCCAAGAUUCCCGUGGAAAUUCUUGCCAAGAUUACCGUAGUAAUUCCUGCCAAGAUUCUUGCCAAGAUUCACGUGGUAAUUCUUGCCAAGAUUCUUGCCACGAUUCCCGUAGUAAUUCUUGCCAAGAUUCUUGCCAUGAUACCCAUAGUAAUUCUUACCAAGAUUCGUGCCAAGAUUCCCGUGGUAAUUCUUGCCAAGAUUCCUGUGGUAAUUCUUGCCGUACCAAGAUUCUUGCCAAGACACCUAUAGUAAAUCUUACCAAUAUUCUUGCCAUGAUACCCAUGGUUAAUCUUACCAAGAUUUUUCCUAAGAUACUUAUAGUAAUCGUUCCUAGAUUUUUGCCAAGAUUCCCGUAGUAAUUCUUACCACCAUAAGCUUCCCGUGGUAAUUCGUGCCAAGAUUCCUGUGGUAAUUUUUGCCAAGAUUCCAGUAGUGAUUCUUGCCAAGAUACCCAUACUAAUUCUUACCAAGAUUGUUGCCAACAUACCCAUAGUAAUUAUUACAAAGAAUCUUGCCGAGAUACCUAUAGUAUAUCUUACCAAGAUUCUUGCCAACAUACCCAUAGUACUUCUUGCCGAGAUUCUAGCCAAGAUCCUCUCGGUGGUUCUUACCAAGAUUCUUCUCAAGAUUCCUGUAAUAAUUCUUACCAAGAUUCUUUCCAAGACACCCAUAGUAAUUCUUACCAAGAUUCUUUCCAAGAUUCCCGUGGUAAUUCUUGCCAAGAUUCUUGCCAAGAUACCCAUAGUAAUUCUUACCAAGAUUCUUGCCAAUAUACCUAUAGUAAAUUUUACCAAGAUUCUUGCCAAGAUACUCAUGGUAAAUCUUACCAAGAUUCUUACCAGAGUACCGAUAAUAAAUCUUCCCAAGAUUCUUACCAAGAUACCCAUAGUAAUUCGUACGAAGAUUCUUGCCAAGAUACCCAUAGUAAUUUUUACCCAGAGUCUUGCCAUAACUAUAGUAAAUCUUACCAAGAUUUUUGCCAAGAUACUUAUACUUAUUCUUACCAACACUUUUGUCAAGAUUUCCGUUGUAAUUCUUGCCAAGAUUCUUGCCAAGAUACCCAUUGUACUUCUUACGAGGAUUCUUGCCAAGAUACCUAUAGUAAUUCUUGCCAGGAUUCUUGCCAAGAUUUUUGUAGUAAUUCGUACCAAUAUUCGCGUAGUUAAUCUUGCCAAGAUUCCCAUGGUAAUUCUUGCCAAGAUUCUAGCCAAGACAGGGGGCAAAGAAAGUCAGUUUUACAGCCUGCCAUUCGGGCAAGCUGUAGCUAGCAUGUACUAGCCGGAAAGUCAUUUCAACUAGCCCCCCCAAAAUUUGUGAAGCAGGAUUGAUUACAGUUCUUCUGUAAUUUGAAUUUCCGCCCAAAAAAUUCACUUGCCCAUCGGGCAAUUUAAUAACAGAAUUCUCUAGCCCGACAGCAAAAUCCACUACCCUCGGGCUAUCGGACACCACUUUCUUUGCACGCUGCAAGAUACUUAUAGCAAUUCUUACUAAUAUUCUUGCCAAGAUUCCUAUGGUAAAUCUUACCAAGAUUUUUACCAAGGUACCCAUAGUAAUUCUUACCAAGAUUCUUGCCAAGAUACCUAUAGUAAAUCUUACCAAGAUUCUUGCCAAGAUUCCCAUAGUAAUUCUUACCAAGAUUCUUGCCAAGAUUACCGUAGUAAUUCCUGGCAAGAUUCCCGUGGAAAUUCUUGCCAAGAUUACCGUAGUAAUUCUUACCAAGAUUCUUGCCAAGAUACCCAUAGUAAUUCUUAGCAAGAUUCUUGCCAAGAUUACCGUAGUAAUUCCUGCCAAGAUUCUUGCCAAGAUUCCCGUGGAAAUUCUUGCCAAGAUUACCGUAGUAAUUCCUACCAAGAUUCUUGCCAAGAUUCACGUGGUAAUUCUUGCCAAGAUUCUUGCCACGAUUCCCGUCGUAAUUCUUGCCAAGAUUCUUGCCGUGAUACCCAUAGUAAUUCUUACCAAGAUUCUUGCCAACAUACCCUUAGUAAUUCCUACCAAGAUUCUCGCCAAGAUACCUUCAGUAAAUCUUACCAAGAGUCUUGCCAAGAUACCCAUAGUAAUUCUUGCCAAGACUCUUGCCAAGAUUCCUGUGGCAAUUCUUGCGGAGAUUCUUGCCAAGAUUACCGUAGUAAUUCCUACCAAGAUUCUUGCCAAGAUUCACGUGGUAAUUCUUGCCAAUAUUCUUCCCACGAUUCCCGUAGGAAUUCUUGCCAAGAUUCUUCCAAAGAUAACAUACCCAUAGUAAUUCUUACCAAGAUUCUUGCCAAGAUACCUAUAGUAAAUCUUACCAAGACUCUUACCGAGAUACCCAUCGUGAUUCUUGCCAAGAUUCCUGUGGCAGUUCUUGCGGGGAUUCUUGCCAAGAUUACCGCUGUAAUUCCUACCAAGAUUCUUGCCAAGAUUCACGUGUUAAUUCUUACCAAGAUUCCCUGUGGUAAUUCUUGCCAAGAUUCCCUGUGGUAAUUCUUACCAAGAUUCUAGCCAAGAAAGCCAUAGUAGUUCUUACCAAUAUUUUUGCCAAGGUACCUUUAGUAAAUCUUACCAAGAUUCUUGCCAAGAUUUUUGUAGUAAAUCUUACCAAUAUUCUUACAUUUGUAUUAAGAUUCCCGUAGAAAUUCUUACUAUUUUUCUUUUUAAGGUUCUUGUAGUAAUUGUUAGUAAGGUUCUUACCAAGAUUUCCUUAGUGUUUUUACUGUGUAAUUUUGGUGGCCUGAGCAUGUGCGGUUUUGAAGUUAUAGAAGCUGGUCUCUAGAGUUCCCCCCGGGCGCAGGGAGCAAAAACAACAUCCCUGUAUGCAUAGGGUUAAAUGCUCUCUCGUGUGUCGCCUGACUUUCCUCUAUCGCGGUUACUGGUCACUUCUCGAAUUAUUGAUAAUGGUUUUUGAGGUUUUUUUAUGGUAUUUGUCUCGUUUUACAGGAGGAAUUGGACUCUGAGGAAGAGGAUAUAAGAAAUAAAGCUGAACAGUGAGUUAUAUGUUUAAUUAUAUAUUAGCGAGUCUCUGAAUUUACUUGUCUUGGUUAAAGCUUUCUGAGCGCAAUUUUCUCUUUACUUUAGAAUCCGCGAAAAGAAAAAGCUUAUUGUCAAAGCUCAUCGUGAGAUGAAACCACAACUAGCCCCCCCAAAAUUUGUGAAGCAGGAUUGAUUACAGUUCUUCUGUAAUUUGAAUUUCCGCCCAAAAAAUUCACUUGCCCAUCGGGCAAUUUAAUAACAGAAUUCUCUAGCCCGACAGCAAAAUCCUCUAGCCCCGAGCUAUCGGACACCACUUUCUUUGCACGCUGCAAGAUACUUAUAGCAAUUCUUACCAAUAUUCUUGCCAAUAUACCUAUGGUAAAUCUUACCAAGAUUCUUACCAAGGUACCGAUAGUAAAUCUUACAAAGAUUUUUACCAAGGUACCCAUAGUAAUUCUUACCAAGAUUCUUGCCAAGAUACUUAUCGUAAAUCUUACGAAGAUUCUUGCCAAGAUUCCCAUAGUAAUUCUUACCAAGAUUCUUGUCAAGAUUACCGUAGUAAUUCCUGCAAGAUUCUUCCCAAGAUUCCCGUGGAAAUUCUUGCCAAGAUUACCGUAGUAAUUCUUACCAAGAUUGUUGCCAAGAUACCCAUAGUAAUUCUUACCAAGAUUCUUGCCAAGAUUACCGUAGUAAUUCCUGCCAAGAUUCCUGCCAAGAUUCCCGUGGAAAUUCUUGCCAAGAUUACCGUAGUAAUUCCUGCCAAGAUUCUUGCCAAGAUUCACGUGGUAAUUCUUGCCAAGAUUCUUGCCACGAUUCCCGUAGUAAUUCUUGCCAAGAUUCUUGCCAUGAUACCCAUAGUAAUUCUUACCAAGAUUCGUGCCAAGAUUCCCGUGGUAAUUCUUGCCAAGAUUCCUGUGGUAAUUCUUGCCGUACCAAGAUUCUUGCCAAGACACCUAUAGUAAAUCUUACCAAUAUUCUUGCCAUGAUACCCAUGGUUAAUCUUACCAAGAUUUUUCCUAAGAUACUUAUAGUAAUCGUUCCUAGAUUUUUGCCAAGAUUCCCGUAGUAAUUCUUACCACCAUAAGCUUCCCGUGGUAAUUCGUGCCAAGAUUCCUGUGGUAAUUUUUGCCAAGAUUCCAGUAGUGAUUCUUGCCAAGAUACCCAUACUAAUUCUUACCAAGAUUGUUGCCAACAUACCCAUAGUAAUUAUUACAAAGAAUCUUGCCGAGAUACCUAUAGUAUAUCUUACCAAGAUUCUUGCCAACAUACCCAUAGUACUUCUUGCCGAGAUUCUAGCCAAGAUCCUCUCGGUGGUUCUUACCAAGAUUCUUCUCAAGAUUCCUGUAAUAAUUCUUACCAAGAUUCUUUCCAAGACACCCAUAGUAAUUCUUACCAAGAUUCUUUCCAAGAUUCCCGUGGUAAUUCUUGCCAAGAUUCUUGCCAAGAUACCCAUAGUAAUUCUUACCAAGAUUCUUGCCAAUAUACCUAUAGUAAAUUUUACCAAGAUUCUUGCCAAGAUACUCAUGGUAAAUCUUACCAAGAUUCUUACCAGAGUACCGAUAAUAAAUCUUCCCAAGAUUCUUACCAAGAUACCCAUAGUAAUUCGUACGAAGAUUCUUGCCAAGAUACCCAUAGUAAUUUUUACCCAGAGUCUUGCCAUAACUAUAGUAAAUCUUACCAAGAUUUUUGCCAAGAUACUUAUACUUAUUCUUACCAACACUUUUGUCAAGAUUUCCGUUGUAAUUCUUGCCAAGAUUCUUGCCAAGAUACCCAUUGUACUUCUUACGAGGAUUCUUGCCAAGAUACCUAUAGUAAUUCUUGCCAGGAUUCUUGCCAAGAUUUUUGUAGUAAUUCGUACCAAUAUUCGCGUAGUUAAUCUUGCCAAGAUUCCCAUGGUAAUUCUUGCCAAGAUUCUAGCCAAGACAGGGGGCAAAGAAAGUCAGUUUUACAGCCUGCCAUUCGGGCAAGCUGUAGCUAGCAUGUACUAGCCGGAAAGUCAUUUCAACUAGCCCCCCCAAAAUUUGUGAAGCAGGAUUGAUUACAGUUCUUCUGUAAUUUGAAUUUCCGCCCAAAAAAUUCACUUGCCCAUCGGGCAAUUUAAUAACAGAAUUCUCUAGCCCGACAGCAAAAUCCACUACCCUCGGGCUAUCGGACACCACUUUCUUUGCACGCUGCAAGAUACUUAUAGCAAUUCUUACUAAUAUUCUUGCCAAGAUUCCUAUGGUAAAUCUUACCAAGAUUUUUACCAAGGUACCCAUAGUAAUUCUUACCAAGAUUCUUGCCAAGAUACCUAUAGUAAAUCUUACCAAGAUUCUUGCCAAGAUUCCCAUAGUAAUUCUUACCAAGAUUCUUGCCAAGAUUACCGUAGUAAUUCCUGGCAAGAUUCCCGUGGAAAUUCUUGCCAAGAUUACCGUAGUAAUUCUUACCAAGAUUCUUGCCAAGAUACCCAUAGUAAUUCUUAGCAAGAUUCUUGCCAAGAUUACCGUAGUAAUUCCUGCCAAGAUUCUUGCCAAGAUUCCCGUGGAAAUUCUUGCCAAGAUUACCGUAGUAAUUCCUACCAAGAUUCUUGCCAAGAUUCACGUGGUAAUUCUUGCCAAGAUUCUUGCCACGAUUCCCGUCGUAAUUCUUGCCAAGAUUCUUGCCGUGAUACCCAUAGUAAUUCUUACCAAGAUUCUUGCCAACAUACCCUUAGUAAUUCCUACCAAGAUUCUCGCCAAGAUACCUUCAGUAAAUCUUACCAAGAGUCUUGCCAAGAUACCCAUAGUAAUUCUUGCCAAGACUCUUGCCAAGAUUCCUGUGGCAAUUCUUGCGGAGAUUCUUGCCAAGAUUACCGUAGUAAUUCCUACCAAGAUUCUUGCCAAGAUUCACGUGGUAAUUCUUGCCAAUAUUCUUCCCACGAUUCCCGUAGGAAUUCUUGCCAAGAUUCUUCCAAAGAUAACAUACCCAUAGUAAUUCUUACCAAGAUUCUUGCCAAGAUACCUAUAGUAAAUCUUACCAAGACUCUUACCGAGAUACCCAUCGUGAUUCUUGCCAAGAUUCCUGUGGCAGUUCUUGCGGGGAUUCUUGCCAAGAUUACCGCUGUAAUUCCUACCAAGAUUCUUGCCAAGAUUCACGUGUUAAUUCUUACCAAGAUUCCCUGUGGUAAUUCUUGCCAAGAUUCCCUGUGGUAAUUCUUACCAAGAUUCUAGCCAAGAAAGCCAUAGUAGUUCUUACCAAUAUUUUUGCCAAGGUACCUUUAGUAAAUCUUACCAAGAUUCUUGCCAAGAUUUUUGUAGUAAAUCUUACCAAUAUUCUUACAUUUGUAUUAAGAUUCCCGUAGAAAUUCUUACUAUUUUUCUUUUUAAGGUUCUUGUAGUAAUUGUUAGUAAGGUUCUUACCAAGAUUUCCUUAGUGUUUUUACUGUGUAAUUUUGGUGGCCUGAGCAUGUGCGGUUUUGAAGUUAUAGAAGCUGGUCUCUAGAGUUCCCCCCGGGCGCAGGGAGCAAAAACAACAUCCCUGUAUGCAUAGGGUUAAAUGCUCUCUCGUGUGUCGCCUGACUUUCCUCUAUCGCGGUUACUGGUCACUUCUCGAAUUAUUGAUAAUGGUUUUUGAGGUUUUUUUAUGGUAUUUGUCUCGUUUUACAGGAGGAAUUGGACUCUGAGGAAGAGGAUAUAAGAAAUAAAGCUGAACAGUGAGUUAUAUGUUUAAUUAUAUAUUAGCGAGUCUCUGAAUUUACUUGUCUUGGUUAAAGCUUUCUGAGCGCAAUUUUCUCUUUACUUUAGAAUCCGCGAAAAGAAAAAGCUUAUUGUCAAAGCUCAUCGUGAGAUGAAACCAAGAAACAACAAAGCAAAACUUUCACGUUCCGCGUUCCUUAGGGUAAGUUAGAACUUUUACAGCAAGGAGCCCAAAAGUGUGACCUUACAUUCUUUCGUGCAGAUUUAAUCCAAUCAGAAGCCAGCUGGAAACUGUCCUCCACCUCUGAUUGGUUAAUGUCUGCAUGAAAGAAUGUGAGGUCACACUUUUGGGCCCCCUCACAUCGUUUCUGUUUUGUUUCUCGGUGAGGAGUAGUAUGUACUGUAAAUUUUUUGGGACAAAAAAAAAAGAUAAGUGUCAAAUCAUAGCGUAAUGGGACUGCUCUAGAAUGAUUCUGUGUUUAUUCACAUCACAACCAGUCUGGUACUAGUGAGCAGUCCGAAGUCUAACGGUCCAGGCGUUACACUCUUCCGUGGACGACUUAAUGGAUGUGUGUAAGGCCGUCGCCGAGAAGGCGAUAGUUUUACUAUCAGUUCGCACUUGUGAAACUAAUGGAUACUCACAAGUGGAGUUAUAGUGCAGGUUAACAAUCACAAUCUCUCUGGCCAAUCACGAGACCCACUGAGAGAUAAGUGCUUGAUCAGCUUAAACAGGGCGUGCUGGCGGAAAUUCUAGGAGAAGUGCUUUCAAUAAAAUAUUAUCCUCUCAUUCACGACCCCACGUGGCGCAGUGGUAAAAUUAUUUCCCGGCACGUACGAGGUGCUGAGUUACGGGCGAAAAGCCUCUUUUCUUUUCUCUCUUCUCUCUCCUUUUUUUUUUUUUUCUUUUUUGUUUUCCUUUGCGUUUAGUAUUUUUAGUCAUUUUACUUUUGUUUUGUUUCUUUAUGUAGCGUUAGUUUUUUGACAUUUAUAUAUUUUCUUCCCUAUUGCCUUAUUUCCCUUUCAUCCUACUUGUUGCCGUUCCCACGAAGUGCUCCGCGAGGUCUUGCGAUUCGCGUAUUUCUAGUUAUCGAUUUAAAUCUGAUUGGUUAAAACAAGUGGUGCGAACUUUUUCAGGCAACCACAGAGCAAAGCAAUGUAAAGCCAAGGAUUGAAAAGUUUUUAUCCGGACCACGUGUGGUUUCGUUGUUUUAAUCUUUUAAUAUUUUUUGUACAUAGGCUCAAGCCGCUCGCAGCCGAAAAAAGAGUGAUACUGAUUUGGGUGAGGCAAUGGAAGGCAUUGAAGAGGUAGGCAGUAUUUUUAUCAUGCGCACCUAUUAUCAUUGUUUAUUUCAUGUAUAACACUGGAUGUGUACCCAUCCGUAUUUGCAGGGAGAUGAGACUGUAACAAGAUCUCGUUCCCUGACCCCAAUGAGUCGGAAAAGAAAGAGAGCGGCUAGCAGUGGAGCGCGCAGCUUAUCGCGGCAACCACGUGACCAGUCUGGAAUCGGAUCCCCAGAGGUAAAAAACAAAACAACAGCGGUAGAAGACAUAAGCACUCUGAAAUAGCCUUCUUUUUAAUGCAUGCACGCACAUUUUCUAGCGUGAGUCAGCCAGGAUCGAGCCCAGCUUGUAUAGUCUGCAAAGACUUCUUUGUUUCCAUAAAAGUGUGAGCAGCUUUGAGGCUUUCAUUCAAAGACUUUAAAAACACCACCAACGUGCCUAUUUUAUGCAGUUUAAUUGCUCAUUACUCAAUGAAAAGUUUUCCUUAACAGGCUCCAAAGUUUAAUCUUAGAACCACCGUAUAAGGAUUUCCUACACAGACUCAAAAAUUCAAAUUAGCCUGUACAUCAUAAACAGGUAAACAGUAUCAAAGAAAAGUACGCCAAGGACUUAGAAAUGUACUCAAAGUCAUUAUUGUCCAUUUAAUUGGUUAAAUGGCGAAAGCCGCAGCCAUCUUGUGCAGCUGAGAAAAGUAUCAGAGACCGUUAGAUUCGAGGACGAAAGCGAGUACUAGUACGAGAUUUGAAUUUUUUUGCGUAUUACUUUAAAAAAAAUAAACCCCUGAAAACUUCAUUCUACUCUCUUUUUUCACCAGAAACAUUAGCACUGUUAUCAUUAUUGAAAGAGGUUAAGCCCUCUCCCGAUCGAGAAAUGAUAAAUCUUCUUACAUUUAAUAAGUUUUAUUAUUCAUUCAAAAUAUUUCCCCGAUUCUGAUUGGCUAAAAGCACACGCACAAUUCACCAUAACCAGCUACUGAUGACCAAAUCAGUUGGAAGAAUUUUGCGAUUAAUGAACCGAUAACGUCAAAACUGCAGCUUCCUUGGAGGUUAAUGCACCGUUAACCGAGAAGACCUGGGACGAGGUUGAGUUGUUUUGGCUGUGAAAACAAAAAUGGCGGACAUUUCACUUGUUUCAAGAGUAAGAACUAGGCGAAAUAAUAGCUAAAAACAUAGCAAGAAGACAACUCGAGGGGCGACAUCUGCUAUUUGGAGAAUAUUUGCGGAGCUGAACAACGCUAAACGUGCACUAUCGAAGAUGAACUUACAUCGAUGGAGGUAAGCAUGUUUUAGCUGUGUUUUUAAACUAGGAGUUAUUUUGAAUGAAUAAUAAAACAAUUAUUCAAUUCGGCUUUCGUAUCAUAUGAAGAAUUAUGGAGAUCUCGGAGGGUGUUAUCCGCCUCGGCCUACGGCAUCGACGGAUGACACCCUCCUCGAUCUGCAUAAUUCCUCAUAAGAUACUCAGCCUCAUUAAUUAAUUGUUGAAUAUCCGCCACUACGACAUUCAAGCUAAAACUUGAAUGGCGACGGCUAUCACGUUUUCCCGCCAAAAUGUUUUUCGCGCGCGCACACUGCUUAGCAUUGAGAAAUUCUCGUACUCGUUGUCAGCCUCGUCUUAGAAUCUAAAGGUCUCUAGUAACAAAAAUAACCGGCGAGGGAUUCUUUGCUCCGCUGACGCUGAACUCGUUUCCAACUGUUGUUGCUUUCAGAAGAAGAAAAAAGCGAAGAAACUUUCGAAGGUUGUUCAAAGAGGCCUCAAUCGUAUGGGUAAAGCAGGUAAGUCUAGGUGAUCUGCUUGAUUGAUUGAAAGAGAACCUCUCUCGAGGUGAACCGUGUAUGACAUAUGAGAGAGGAUAAGAGAAUUUGUGCGCUGAUCUGAUAUGUUUUGUUUUCCAGGAGAAGCAGACAGAAAGAUUUCCACAAAGAUGCCUAAGCACAUGUUUGCAGGCAAACGAAAAAUGAACAAGGUUUCCAGAAGAUAG